AUGUCAAUACCACAUGCAUCAUACGACCCACGAAGGGUAUUCCGAUUCUCAUUACCCCGAUUCGAAGUAGGUCCCAAAGUGAGGUCUAUCGGGACGUAUCUUUCUGGUGGAUUGUUCGCUCUAUCCUACUUCUUCUUAUUCGACGCAGCUACCAUAUCAUCCCAUGCGAAACCACCUCCCGACGCCCCAUACGAUGUGGUACCCGUACAUAUGAGUUUCGUAGAUUGGAUUCCAGCUAUAUGUUCCACUCUUGGUUUCCUCAUUACAUCUCUUUUGGAUAAAUCACAUCUCAACGCUGCUCUCUCAGGGGAUAGCUGGGGAGGUGAUGGUCCAGCUGCAGUACGAGCUAGAGUGGUAUUGUUUAUUGGAGUAGCGUUGAUGGCUGGUGGUCUGGCUGGAAGUUUGACCGUCUUGAUCCUUAAAUACAUCAUCACCGAAUACACAGAUUACGUCUACUAUGGAAUAAUGAAUGUAGCUAUGAAUGGGGGCAUCAUGUUAUCGGCUAUCAUCCUUUGGAUCUCACAGAGCGGUAGUGACGAAUACGAAUAUCAACUUACCGUAUAA